GGACAAUGAUUCUUUCCGAAUAAGAAGCCAUUGAACUGAAACUCAUCAACUCACUUCCACUGCCAACAGAAACUUCACCAAAUGGCUGCUUUCAACACAUUCAAGCUAUCACUUGUCUUGAGUCUGCUCUCGAACAUCGGUCUGUUGCCAGAAACCAGCAAGAACACUGUUGGGAUAUUCCCACCGACAUGCAACCGCAUAGAGUGCCCGAGUUUUGAUGUGAUUCAAGUUGGCAAUGGCUAUGAGAUCCGUAGAUACAAUUCCACCGUCUGGAUGUCGACUUCUCCGAUUCAGGAUAUUUCUCUUGUUGAGGCCACCAGGACAGGCUUUCUUCAGCUAUUUAACUACAUUCAGGGAAAGAACAAAUACGAGGAACAGAUAGAAAUGACAGCUCCAGUGUUAACUGAAGUUCUACCAAGCGAUGGACCCUUCUGCGAGUCAUCAUUUACGGUCAGCUUUUAUGUCCCAAAGGUGAACCAGGCAAACCCUCCACCAGCCGAAGGCCUCCAUGUCCAAAGAUGGAAAUCCACCUAUGUAGCCGUAAGGCAAUUCAGUGGAUUUGUAACAGACUAUAAUGUUGCAGAGGAGGCUGCUGCCUUGCAAGCCAGUCUUGAAGGCACUGCUUGGUCUGCUGCUAUUGAGAAGACUCGGAAAGCUGAUGCCACUUCAGUUUAUACGGUCGCACAGUACAACUCUCCAUUUGAAUUUAAUGACAGGGUAAAUGAGAUUUGGAUGUUGUUUGACAUGGAAGAUGAAAUCUUGCCGGUUUAAGUUGACAGUUGGAGGAAAAUAACUUGGCUAAUCUUAGAACUACAAGUUACAGUGCUCCCGAGAAUGGUAUGUUUAGAGGAACUGAGUAUAUAUUCUAAAUCUCUGAACUUUGUCUGAGAUGAGAAACUGAGGGUCAAGUAUCUUGUAUGUAACAUGUAGCAUUGAAUAAAUAAAUGGUUUUAACUGCAAAAGCUUUGAUCAAUAAAAUCUGGCUCUCAUCUUAUACUGAAGACUUAAGAUUUAAAACUCCAUAUGAAUUUUCAACAAUUUGAUCUAACCAUGCAUGCAAAAUGAGGCCACAUCCUCCAGCUAGCGCUUCUUCAUUUGGAUAAUCUUUCUUCUGCUAGCUUGAAAGCCAGAUCCAUGGGCUCCAACCGAUGUAUAUCUUAUGAUCCUAAUUUCACAAUCUAGAGCAACACAUUACUAAGGACUGACAAAUAUACUCUGGCAAAUAACCAGAUCCAGCAUCUCCAAGGGCUUUACAAAUUGUAAAAACUAUAUAUCAGAUGCGGAACAAUCAUGGCUUUCACAUUGCUGCUUCUCUUCACAAUGGGGAGGAAGAACUAUCAACCAUCCCCAGGGUCAUGCAUGGACCCUCCUUUGAGGGAGGAGACCAUCUGCAGACCGGGAUUAGAAUCCAUUUGUCCUGUAACCGGUAUGUUCCCAAAAUUGAAAAUUGCUUAACUGGAAAUAACUUUCUCAAAAUUAGCAUGGAUUCAGCUUCAGUCUGUCCUACAAGCUAAACUGGGGGAACAUGAUCGGAUAUAAGACU